AUGGUGUUAAUUCAACAUAGUACUCUUUUUGGACAUGGACCAGCAGUAUUAUAUACAUUCUUUUAUUUUUGUUUAUCGAUAUGUGGAAUUUUGUUUGCAUGUAGUUUUAAAGAUUUUGGAAGUAGAGACUCAUUAAUAUUUAAAAUAAUAAUAUAUAUAAUACCUAUUUUCUUUGGAGUACUUAUGAUGACAUUUUAUUUCAUGCAAAAGAAGACACUAAAAAUAGUAUGUAUUGCAUAUGCAGGAGCAAUGGUUUCUAUGUUUAUUGUUGUUAUUUUUUUAAUUUUAUCAAUUGUUGGGUGUGGAAUUUUACCAAAUACUUGGAAAAGUGGUGAUAUGGAAAGAAGAAUUGAAAAAGAACAAGAAGAACAAUGUUGUUUUGCUUAUACAACAAAAAAAUAUAAUGGAAAAGUAUUUGCUUUUAAGGAUUGUCCAUUAAUUAAUUGGGAUAAUGAUAAAAUAAAUAUAACUAAUUGUCAUAAACUUGAUGAUAAAAAUGAAUUUUGUCCUGUUUCAGACUUACAACUUGAUAAUAAAAUUUGUAAUCUAAAACCACAUCCUGAUUUGGCUGUAAUGAUUACUCUUGCAGUUCUUGAAUUUAUUCAAGUACUACAUUUUGGUAUUUAUUUAACUGCAGGGUUCUUUUAUCUUAGAGAACGAUUGACUGAAAGUUGA